AUGAUAUUAUGUUUCGAACACGAUGCUUCCUCAAGAACCUUGGUCACAAUCCUGCCCACCCAGGCACCAAACAUUCCCGUGAUACCUGACAUGCUGAACUCUGCUCCAUCGUGUACCUACAUCCUACAGCUCACUGGAUCAUCCAAAUUCCUGGAUCACGAUGGAGACAGCCGGGCUCCCCCUGCCGGGCUACCACUACAUCGCUCCGAACCACAUUGUGAAGGCGCCGAUCCAUUGAAUGGGGGUCCGCGGCCAGACCCCGAGUGUUGCAUACAACUUGUACCACACUGA